AUGAUGCUUCGUCGUAUGAUUUAUUUAUCAAUAAAAGAAAUGUCAACAGUUGCAAAUGAUGUUAUUAUUGUAACAUCAAGUUUAACUCGUGAUAUGACUGAAAAAGAAGAUUCUUAUCGUGGACCAGCUAUGCGAGCUUUAUGUAAAAUUACUGAUGCAUCAAUGAUGCAAAGUGUUGAACGAUAUAUGAAACAAGCAAUUGUUGAUAAAUUACCAUCAGUUGCAUUAACAUCAUCAGUUCAUUUAAUGCGUCAAGGUCCUGAAGUAGUUAAACGAUAG